AUGGCUAAACCGUACCCCCAAAUUGUGCUCUUCGGCGACUCCCUUUUCCAGGGAUGUGCUCAUGUUUCCGACGGUUUCUCUUUCCAGGCCUCGCUUCAGUGCCAUGUGAUGCGUCGUUUCGAUGUCGUCAACCGCGGCUUUUCAGGCUGGAACACAGCCAACGCAUUGAAGUACCUGCCUGACAUUAUUGCCCCGCCUUCGGAGUCUGGACCGCAGCUCAGGUAUCUUCUGGUGCUACUCGGUGCGAACGACGCCGUCCAGCCAAUGGAAACGACAACUCAGGGUGUGCCUCUGGCGGAGUACAAGCAGAACUUGCUGGAGAUUGUGACACACCCCAACAUCACGGCUCACAAGCCCAAGAUUCUUCUCGUCACCCCGCCGCCGAUCGACGAGAUUCGCAUUACCGAGCUCGAUCUGCCCUGGGGCCACCCGAAGCCCACGAGGACCGCAAAGAUCAGCGCGGAGUACACGCAGGCGGCCCGAGACGUUGCGGCCGAGGUGCCUGGUGUGACGCUGAUCGACCUGUGGGCGGCGCUCCACGACUACGCCGGCCGCAAGACCCCCGGCCUUGUCAAGGACGGAGGGCCUUUGCUUGGUACUCCGGAGCUCGGUAAGCGGGGCGGUCUGGCGGCACUCCUGCCGGACGGGCUGCAUAUGAGCGGAGAGGGCUACAAGGUCUUUUAUAAGAUAGUGGUUCCUCACAUCGGUCAGGAGUACCAAGGCCUGCCCGAGGAUGACCGUACGGACUACGUUCACCCGGACUGGCGAGACGUCAACCCCCCAGCUUGA